AAAAAAAGCAGCAGCAAAAGAAGAGAAGCCAAACCCCAAAGCAGGAGGCAGGAGCCUGUUUUGCCUCCCAGGCAAUAUUUCUGGAGCCAAUAGGAAUGCGCACCCACCCUGCCCCGCUCCCUAAUUAAAGGCUUUGGAGCAAGGCCGCCCGCAGCUCUGGGCACACACUCUUGAGUCGCCUCUCAACAGGAGCAGAUCGAGGGACGUUGUGGGUAACGGGGGGUCCCGGGUGGGCUGAAGCCCCCCCGAGCGGCAGCGAUGAGCGGCUCCUUCGACAAGAAGCUCACCAGCAUCCUCACCGACCUGUCGGGCUCCUUAAGCUGCCAUGCUUCCUCCAAGGACUCCCCGACGUUGCCCGAAUCAUCCGUCACCGAUUUGGGUUAUUACAGCGGCCAACACGACUAUUACCCCGGUCAAUCCUACGGGCAGCCCGUCGCUCACUAUCCGUACCCUCAAUUCAACCUCAACGCCAUCGGUGCAGGAGGAACCUACUCCCCCAAAUCCGACUAUUCCUACAGCCCGUCCUAUCGGCAGUAUGGACACUUCAGGGACCAGCAGCUCCCGGUGCAGGAUGCAGUGUCAGUGAAGGAAGAGCCGGAGCCCGAGGUGCGGAUGGUCAACGGGAAGCCCAAGAAGGUCCGCAAACCCCGAACCAUCUACUCCAGUUACCAACUGGCCGCCCUGCAGCGCCGCUUCCAGAAAGCCCAAUACCUGGCACUGCCCGAGAGAGCCGAGCUGGCGGCACAACUGGGGCUCACCCAGACCCAGGUGAAGAUCUGGUUCCAGAACCGCCGCUCCAAGUUCAAGAAGCUCUACAAGAACGGCGAGGUGCCAUUGGAGCACAGCCCCAGCUCCAGCGACCCCAUGGCCUGCAACUCCCCUCCAUCACCCGCCGUUUGGGACAGUGCAUCGCAUGGCAGCGCACCGGGACGGACCCCCAUCCCACAACCACUGCCCUACAGCCCCUCACCCGCCUUCCUGGAGGAGCACAGCCCCUGGUACCACCCGCAGAGCCUCACUGCCCCCCACCAGCCGCCCACCACUAUGCAUCACACCUCGCCGGGGCCGCCCCCCAACCCGGGUGCCGUCUACUAACUAUACGGGGCAGCAGAGACAGUGCAGGACUUCUCCUCUUCCCUUUCUACCCCCCCCUCCCUGCCCCUAAAAUCGAUUAUUAUUAUUAUUAUUUUCAAGUCUUCCGAUACACACACCCCUAUAUAUCCACUUCUAUAUCCUCUCCCAGCUCAUCUCAGGAACAACAGGACUGCAAAGGGUUGAACUAUGAGCCUACACCCAGGGGGCACCACCCCCCCCAACAGCUGCAUCCCCCCCCUCCCCACAACAGCUGUGUCCCCAUAGCAGAGACAUUUGGGUGACUGUCACCCCACCUUGGGGUCCCUGUGGAGCCUGUGGGACGCUGUAUGGGAUGGAGACAUGAGGACCAAAGCAGGGUGCCAUCCCCACCUGGAGCAGGGGACACCCCUCACCCUCAUGGCACAUCAAAUCCAGUGCCAUGCAGGGACCAUAUGGGACUGUGGACUAUGGGUGCUCUAUGGGGUGUGGGUGCUCUAUGGGGUGUGGGUGCGCCGUAGGGCUGUGGGUAUUCCAUGGUGCCGUGGGUCCUCCGUGGGGCUUUGGGUGCUCCAUGGGUUCUCCGUGGGGUUGUGGGUUUUCCAUAGGUUUUUCCAUGGUACAAUGGGUUCUUCAUGAGGCUGUAGGUGCUCUAUGGGACCAUGGGUCUUCCAUGGGGUCUCUGUGAGGCCGUGGGCUCCCCGUGGGUUCUCUAUGGGGCUGUGGGUGCUCCAUGGGACCACAGAUUCUCCAUGGAGCCAUGGGUUGUCCAUGGGGCUGUGGGUUCUCCAUGGGGUCUUGAGCUCUCCAUGGGGCCAUGGGAGCUCUAUUGGAUCAUGGGCUCUCCAUGGGUUCUCCACAGGGCUGUGGGAACUCUAUGGGGCUGUGGAUGCUCUAUGGGGCUGUGGAUGCUCUAUGGGGCUGUGGAUGCUCCAAUGGGCCACAGGCAGCUUCACAGAGACCCCAACCCUGGGGACGACGCUCAAACAACGAGGUGGUUAUUUAA